CACUUGAAUCUGUUCCGUCAUCUAUGACACCGGAUCUAGGUCAAGCCGUUUUCUGGGGUCGCGGGAUAUUGCCGUGAAUCGUGUGCUGGGUUUUACAUUCAAAUCACACAUGCCAUGCCUGGCAAUCUCCUCCAACGAAUCUUCCACUUGCUUCCCCCUUAUUUCCUGCGCUGAGCUUGGACUCUUUUACUACGUGUCGUCCUCGUGUUUUCAGCGAGGCGGUCUAUGUGAAUCACAAGACCCACAAGACAUAAGCAUUGCCCAAGCGUUGCAAAAGCACAUACUUAAUAUCAUCCUCUCCCAUGGCCAUCCGUUUGUUGGAACCAUCAUCUCCUCCCCCUUCUGCUUCCCAACAAUAUCUCUCGACGAUACCCCGUACGCCUAGUUCUCUUUCUACGGCAUCCUCGAGAAUCUGUGACUCGACUGCGCAUACGAAACGUGUCCCAUCAUCUCGAACCCAUUCGCCACGAAGUCGCGUUUGCACACCGAAUAAGCUAACCACAUCUUCCCAUUCACAACCUACUCUCGCAAUGUCUAUAAUUGCUCCCAGUCCUCGCACCCCUCAACAGGGCAGUUCCUCACGCAUCCAGCGACCUCACUCACCUCCGCCACGACCAUCCUCACGGUCUGAGCGUCUUCUGCGAGAUACCCUCAGGAAAGACAAUACCCUUCGUACCACCGCCACCUCCCGUGCACGUUCCAGGUCGCGGUCAACAUGUAGUGACUGUGACGACGACGACUUCUUCCAACCCGUCCUGAUCUUCCAAUCCUCGCGCAGGAAUAGUGCUGCUUCCAUACGGAAUUUCCAGUCGAAAAGUUUCUACGUUCCGAAUGAGAACGAAGACUCGUCCUAUGCUCAGCUACUCAGGUCGAGCUCAGACUCAGACACCAAGGGCUACCCUAUUGCUCCCGUCCAGCAAGAGAAACUGGAUGACAGUCUUUCGACAUCAUUACCACGUUCCUAUGUCCUGGGAAGUGAUGCAGCGCCUCAUGAGGCUGUUCUGAGAUCACGCUUAGAAUGUGUCCUCCAGCGGGGAAUUCGUGAAGAGGAACGGCGAAUAAAGAGGUCGCCUGAUGAAGAGUCUUCAUCAGCAUCUCCACCCUCAUCAGCGCGCUCGCUCUCCAAUUCAUACAUAAAUUCUCAAUCAUCUGAGAAAACGCAUAUGACUGCACCUGAAGUAGUGGAGCCUUUGAUACUACCAUCAAUAUCAUCAAAACGCAGCCGAGGGCAUAGAUAUUCGCAGUCGGCGUCUACAACUUACUCGCAAAAAUCGCCACGAUCACCACAAUCGCAGGGAGAGACCUCGCCGUGGAUGUCAACGCCUCUCCCACCUUCGCCAUUCUCGACUCCAACAAAGAAGUCACCUUCUUCACCAUACACUACGCCCUCGUCGCCCUCACCGAACCAGGCGAUUCUCUCGAGCUUUUCGAGCGCCAAAUCCCAAAUACCAGUGAAUCCACCGCAGUUUGAUCUGCGCGCGGCAUCACAAGCUUGUAAGCAGGUAUCGGGAUACGUGAGUUUUGCGAGCGUCGCUGGCCUUGGUGCACCGCCUGGUGUGGGCGAUGACGAGGCGAGCAUAAAGGAACCACAACGUGGCCGUGGGCGCGGGCGGUGGUGGGUUUUCUGAUUUACAAAUAUUGGGAUGGAUAUUUUGGUUUCCGGAAAGAGGACAUCGCGAUCAUAUUGGACGACAUCCUGAAUGCGAGGAACAAGACUAUGUUAUGCUAAUUUAAUCCCUUGUCGACGAUUUCUGGAGGCUUAUGCCUAGUAUGCCCGCGUAUGCAUGGACGGGUGUCUGCUACGUCUAUGGUGUAGCCCUUGUUUGUACUCAUUGUGUAUGAUGCUAUAAUUCACCUCUGAUGCAAAAUGCGUUGGAUUGCGCACCCGUGUAUUUCACAUAUACUUAGAUAGCUAUGAUACCCCGAAUUAUAAUGCAUUAGCUGCCAUGGAAAGCAACC